AUGAUGGCCGCCAUGGGUUACAUCACACCUGAGAUCACCGGCAAGCUGCCUGGAUUUUUGUCCCCAUCCGCCGGCUUGAAGUUCGCAGACAUCCCGAACGGCCUUGCCGCUGUCUCAAAGGUGCCCGUAGCAGGCUGGGCACAGAUCGCCGCAUACUUCGGCUUCGUGGAAUUCAGCGGCGGCUUUGAUGACUACAAGAGCGGAACUCCCGGUGACUAUGGCUUCAAGGUGCUGACGUCCAGCGACCCUGCUGAGAAGACCAAAAAGCUGUCGGCCGAGCUGGCAAACGGACGCCUCGCCAUGAUGGCUAUCAUUGGCAUGUUCUUCCAG